AGACGGGUAAGUAACGUGGUGCCAUCUGGAAUAUAAACAUUUGUGACAAAUGAAUGGGAACAGAGCGCAGAAAAUCAAGAUGGAAAAAUGGCAGUAGAAGAAGAUGAUAAUACGUGGGUUCUUGACUUAGAAACUGCCCUCCUGGAGAAUUGUACAGCAGCUUCAAUUUACAGUAUCUCUAAAGGCAAAACUGUACCUGACUUCCUGAGGUCUGAAGUUUGGCAGAUCUGUCUUGGAGUACAAGAGAAAGGAAAUCAACUCAUACUGUUUAAUGAAAUAUUUGAUCUUCCUGAGCAGAAUAUUUUACGUGAAGAUUGUCAGCAGUUUGUUGCUAAUCUUGGCAAUGAAGAUGAGGACAAAGUAUCUGUAGUCUCAGACUUAGAAUCAAUUCUUACAUUUUACUGCAAGUCUAAAAGUUUGAAAUAUGAGAAGGGCAAUGGGUGGAUUGAAAUCCUACUUCCCCUUAUUGCACUUAAAUUACCAAGGUCUGGAACAUACAACCUGUUUGAAGCAAUCAGAAACUGCUAUAUCCCAAGAUGCUACAAGAAGAAUGACACUCCAUUUCACUUGUUCCGGUUGUUGUUGCUGUAUCAUGACCCAGAAUUAUGCUCUUUUCUCGAUACCAAACGGAUAAGUCCAGACAUGUACUGCCUGUCUUGGUUCCAAUCACUGUUUGCGGCAACAUGCAGUUUACCUGUUGUACAAGCAAUGUGGGACCUGUACUUCCAACAAGCUGAUGCAUUCUUUGUUUUUUUCCUUGCUUUGGUUAUGGUUGUUAAUGCAAGGGAACAGAUCCUGAGUAUGAAGAAUGAGAACAAACAGAAUAUUGUAACUACAUUAAGUUCAAUGCCGUGUGCACUGGAAGCAGAUGAUAUUACUGAUUUUUGUUCAUUAGCACAGUACUAUGCCUUGAAAACUCCAGGAUCUUUCCGAAAGGACCUGUUGAAUGUAUUAUAUGGUGAUGAUGAAUCAGCAGAAACAUCAAGCAUCUCACAGGCUCUUUGCCUUCCUGUGUCAGCUGGGGAAUUAGUAGAAAAUGCAGAGUCGACACACAGUCCAGAUGGCAUAGAAUGUGUCCGCUUCUUCCUUGUGGACUGUCGUCCAGCUGAGCAGUAUAAUGCAGGCCAUUUACCAACAGCUUUCCACCUUGACUGCAACUUGAUGCUGCAGGAACCAGCAGCCUUUUCUACUGCUGUACAAGGUUUGCUGUCUGCUCAGCGACAAGCACUGGCUGCUCGGUCAGCGGCAGGUGGAGAACAUUUGUGCUUCCUUGGAUCGGGGAGAGUUGAAGAGGAUCAGUACACACACAUGGUUGUUGCUUCUUUCCUGCAGAAGCAUACACACUAUGUUAGCAUGCUUACUGGAGGGUAUCAGGCAGUUCAUGAAAGUGUCGCUGAAAAUGUUGGUGACAGUUUGGAGGAACAUAAUCCUCAUAGCUGUCUUGUAUGCAAUCCUGAUAAUGCAAGUGAGGAUUCAGAAACCAUUCGACCAAAUGCAAGUUCUUCAGAUCUCUUUGGAAAAAUCAGUGCAGCUAUGAAGCUUAAAUCUGCUGAAGUUAAGGGCAAACUGUUUGACUAUAUUGUCAAUCCAACUGGAAGUAAUGCAGUGGAACGACAUGUCAGCAGCGCAGAUAAACUCGGCAAACGUUACCGUAAUAUGGCACCUGUCUUCAGUAUCGACGAAGAAGAUGGAGCAGAUGAUCCCAGUCCCACAAAACUUGAAGAAGAGGAAGGGCAGGAAAUUGUGGCUGUAUCAGCGUGGUUGAAGAAGUCAGAUGUUAUAGCAGCCUUCAAGUGCCAUGAGGUCAAAGUAAAUGGCUAUAUGUAUGAAAGUCAUCUCCUCGUCACAAGCAGUCACAUUUACGUGCUCCGUGACAUCCCGAGUCGCAAGGGUCUCGCGCACAUCGUGGUCCGGCGCCCUCUCUCAGCUAUUGUCAAAAUAACUUCGAAGAAAAAACAUCCUGAUCUCAUCACAUUCAAAUAUGGCGUGGCGAAAGAGGAGAACUUGGUCAUAUUUGAUAUGGACAGGUUCCUCAUCCCAAACUCGAGUGAAGCGACAAAACUUGUGUCACAGCAUAUAUUGAAACAAUUGAAAGGGAAAGAUGGCUGACAUCGGCUGAAGACUCCGUGAAUACAGAUACGUGGUAACGGAUUCGUACAUAAAUAGUGAAUAAAGUUAAUUCACAUGCCUCAUGUACGGAUAAGAAGGGCAGAUUUUAGCUGGGCGUCUUUUGGUACAUAAUCUUCAAAUGUAAACAUUAUUUCCAAACUGUAAAUAGAAUUUUUAAAUGAGUAGCUAAAAUGUGAUACGUAACGAAGUUUAUCACAGAUAAUAUAGGUAUGUUUAGAUAUAUGUAUUUUCCUCUGAAGUUUAAAACCGAUGAUCAGAACUUAAUUUAUCUCGACUUCUUACUUAAUUUCUGUCGUGCCCUCGGAUACUGAGUAGGUGCGUUGCAGAAAGCUACCAGCGCUUUCCUGAAUGCCUUUCGACAGCGUUGAUGCAAGACGUCACAAAUACAGUAAUUUAUUUAAAUUUCUUUAUAUAUUUUGUUGUAGUAGCCAUUUAAGAGUCUAGGAACGGAACUAUCAAAAGCAGAAAAGCUGGCACUAGUGAAAUAAAAGAUUCUGCGCCAGUUCUUCUUUAUUUACAUUUUUAACUUAUUGUGCCCUCAGCCCAGUCUCAUAUGAAUUUGUGGUCUUGCAUUUGUUGUUGAUUGAGAGAAUAGCCGAUACUGGCCGGAAGAAUUUAAUGUACGAUGUGAGGUUUGAGGUUUUCGCAGCGGUGAGUAUGAAGAUUUCUGUCUUCUGGAUUGUUGCGCUGUGUAGUCUGGUAGAUGUUUACCGUUUCUGAGGUCAUACUACCUCCAUCAUCAGGGCGAUGAACAUUGACCAGACUACACGGCACCACAACCCAGAAGACAGAAAUCUUAAUGUGCCAUGUUUCGAGGAAAUAUUUAUUUAUUUAGAAUAACAAUUAAGUUUGUAUUGUGGUCAGUGAUGAACAUGUGAUGGAGAUGGAAUGUAAGAAUAAUUAUCUAUUGUAAAUCAGGACAGAUCAAUUUUAGAGUGAAAAGAAGUGAAUGAUAAAUUUAUUUUAUUUUGUAUCUUGUAAAUGUAUCGCAAGAGUUUUCUCCUU